AUGCAGCCCCAUAAUCCCUAUGUCGAGCCCAUCGCCAUCGUAGGAAUGGCAUGUAGGCUACCAGGGGACGUUGUAUCGCCAUCCAAGCUCUGGGAUCUGCUGGUACAGGAAAGAUCUGCCCAAUCGAAGGUCCCAGCAAAUCGCUUCAAUGUGGACUCAUGGUAUCAUCCAGAUAAACAGCGACCGGGUAGCAUCACCACGCGGGGAGGAUAUUUCCUUAGUCAAGAUGACUCCUUCCGUCAAUUUGACCCGUCCUUUUUUGGGAUCAACCCUAAGGAAGCCGCGAGCAUGGAUCCCCAGCAGCGAAAGCUGUUAGAAGUGGUGUAUGAGAGUUUUGAAGCGGCCGGUGCUCGCCUGGAAGAUGUUUCUGGCUCGAAGACGGCCUGCUAUGUUGGAAACUUUACCUGGGACAUCGGUCAGAUGCAGGCCCGAGAUAUCAAUCAUGGUGCCCCAUACCAUAUGACGGGCGGUGGGUUGACGAUAUUAAGCAAUCGAAUCAAUUAUGUGUUCAAUCUAAAAGGCCCCAGUAUGACCAUCGAUACGGCUUGCUCCAGCACCAUGUAUGCGCUCCAUCUGGCCUGCCGCAGUUUGCAGGCUGGGGACUGCUCGGCCGCCGUGGUGGCCGGCACAAAUCUGAUUUUUGGCAUUGAGCAACAGAUUGGCAGCGUCCGCCUGGGUGUUCUGUCACCUACAUCCGUGUGCCAUACAUUUGACGAGUCGGCCGACGGAUACGCGCGCGCAGAAGCCGUGGGCUCUCUGUACCUAAAGACCUUGUCCCAGGCCAUCGCAGACGGAGAUCCGAUCCGGGCAGUCAUUCGGGGAACAGCAAUUAACGCAAAUGGGAGGAGCCCUGGAAUCAGUCAUCCCAGUGCACAGGAGCAAGAGAUGGUAAUCAGACAGGCCUAUGCCAGGGCAGGUCUGCGCUUGGACCAGACUGGAUACUUUGAAUGUCACGGCACUGGCACGCCAGUUGGAGAUCCGCUGGAGGUCUCCGCCAUAGGGAAUGUUUUCGGUCCCGUGCGAAGCGCGGAGUCCCCCUUGCUGAUAGGAUCCGUGAAAACAAAUCUGGGGCAUGGAGAGGCAGCUAGUGCUAUCUCCAGUUUGAUCAAGACAGCCCUUUGUUUGGAGAAGGGGGAGAUUCCCGCCACAAUUGGGAUCAAGCGGCUGAAUCCUGCCCUCAACCUUCGUGAUGGACGGCUGAAAAUUGUUCAGACACUUUCCCCGUGGCCGGACUCGCAACAGUACCGUCGAGCCAGUGUCAACUCCUUUGGCUAUGGCGGUGCCAACGCCCACGCUAUUCUGGAUGCAGUGCAGUCAUAUUUGGGUGAAUUCUGUCAGAGUAUUCCAGCAUCUCUCACAACUCCUGGACAGCCUUCGCUGAAGCGAUACUUCUUGUUGCCCUUUUCGGCCCACAGCGAGUCGACGCUGCGUCAAAAUAUCAAGUCCAUCUCCCACAGCUUCAAGUGUGAUGUUAAUCUGCCCGAUUUGGCAUAUACUUUGGCGUCUUGCCGGAGCAACCACUCUGAACGAGCGUUCGCCCUUGUUGCCGGUGAUUCGAGCUGUUCCAAGCUUGUCGAUUCCCUCGCCUCGGAUAAGCUGACUUUCGGCACUGCCAUGGGUGCCGUUCCUAAGUUGGCUUUUAUAUUCACCGGCCAAGGCGCUCAGUGGCCACAGAUGGGUCAUGAGUUGGUACAGCAUUAUGCUGUGGUCCGCCAAACUCUACGGGAUCUGGGAAACGUCAUUGCAAAGUUGCCUAACCCUCCAGAAUGGGAUCUCCUAGAUGCUCUCGACCAGCCAAAAUCGAAGAGUCGUGUCAAUGAAGCAGAGCUCUCACAACCUCUAACCACUGCGAUUCAGAUCGCUAUCGUUAACCUCUUGCGGUCAUGGGGAGUGCAUCCGACGGCCGUCGUUGGUCAUUCUUCCGGGGAAAUUGCCGCCGCUUACAGUGCCGGGCUCAUAUCAGCAGCGGAAGCCAUUAUCAUUGCCUACCAACGAGGUGCAGCGACAGUGAAGAGCACUCAGCGCGGCGCCAUGCUGGCGGUCGGUAUUGGAUCAGAUGAAGCUCUUCAGGCCAUCCAUGAUAUUCCCGAUAUCGGGAUUGCUUGUUAUAAUGCACCCGAUAGUGUCACGCUAAGUGGUACCGAGGAGGCUGUUGAUAUGGCCCGCGGUCGCUUCUCGCGCGCGGGCGUUUUCAACCGGAAGCUGAUUACCUCUGGCAACGCCUACCACUCCAAGCUCAUGGCCGAGGCUGGACAGUUCUAUGAAGCCUCACUGAAGCAGUGCCUUCUCCCUAACGACCCGCCGUCGACCGGCAAUGCAGAUAUCACCAUGUUUUCCUCGGUGACCGAGGAGCCCGUCUCGACACUCGCCCUAGAAUACUGGCGUCAGAACCUAGAAUCCCCAGUGCACUUCGACCAAGCGACCCAGAAGCUCCUCAAGGCCCGGCCUGAAGUCAAUCUGGUUGUCGAAAUUGGCCCGCACUCGGCUUUGGCUGCACCACUCAAGGCAAUCCGCGCGGCAGUGGGCUAUAGUCCAGAGCGACUGGUCUAUCUGUCGGCUCUGAAGCGCAAUUCGGACUCGGUGGAAUGCCUGUUGAAGAUGGUCGGAUCUUUGUUUCUGUCGGGACUUCCAUUCGCCCUCUCCACCGUCAACGCCGACGCGACCGUCCAUCGUGACGACAAGACCGGCUCGGAAAUGAUCCAAUACUCACACGGUUCUUUCAUUCGAGAUCUGCCUACAUACCAAUGGGUAUACGAUGAGGAGCCUUUGUGGAAUGAAAGUCGUCUCAGCACUGACAUCCGUUUCCGAAGCUACCCUCAUCAUGAUCUACUAGGAAGUAGACUUCCGGGAACAUCCAAUAUUGCACCCGCUUGGCGAAACAUGAUCAGUUUGGAAAGCGUGCCAUGGCUGCGGGACCACAGGGUUGGCGAUGACAUUGUGUUUCCAGCCGCUGGAUAUGUCACAUUGGCUAUUGAGGCGAUCACUCAAAUCCGUAGAUCUACUAUUUCGGCCGUAACAGAUGCAUACACCCUACCGGCAUAUGAGUUCGCCGUCAGUACUUUCGUGAAUGGAACGUGGACACAACAUGCCACUGGAUCAGUCCAAGUGGAUAAUGACAGCGCCAGUGAUCAAUCAAUCAGUUCCGUCGAGAAUAUGGCCGGCAGUCGCGGAGGCAUCAACAAGGACAGUUAUGACCGUCGCUGGUACGGCGCAAUGGACAAAGUUGGCCUGAUCUACGGACCAGGGUUCAAGACACUUUCCGAUAUUCGUGCCAGUCCCGAGCAUCACUGGGCCACUGCAGAGGUUUCAGGCAAUGCCACCGACAAGCUCAUGGGCCGGCAGUCACAAUACAUCCUUCAUCCCACCACUAUUGACGCCUGCUUGCAGCUUUCCAUUAUUGCCGCCCAUCAUGGCAAGCCGGAGAGCCUUAAAAAGGUGUAUCUGCCUGUUCUAAUCCCAAAGCUCACAAUUUGGCCACACCAUAGCAGCCAGGGGCUUCCCUUGACAGCUUGUGGUCGCGGGCUCCACCGCGGGCUUCGAUCGGUUCAGACCUUCACUGGGCUCUCAAAUCCCAACCACCAGACUAUACUUCAAGCAGAGAUCUCUUUCUCCUCCCUAGAAACUGCUGUUGGCGAGAAUGGCACAGGAAAGAGCCCUCAGCCUUAUACACGCCUCGUCUGGAAGCCGGACCUUGAUCGCAUGACAAAUACACAAGCACAGAUUCUGUUCCACGGAACACAAGAUGACAUUUCUACAUCGAAGCACUUCUUCUCUCGGUUAGAGGAAGUGACUAGGUUGGCAAUUCGGAGUAGUGCGGAGCGACUCCCGGAGAACCUACAAGCAGAUCGUCUGCCAGGCCACAUGCAGAAAUUUCUGGAAUGGCUGAAGAUGGAGGGAUUGGCGCUCUCCACCAAUGAAGCUGCAGAUGGCUUAACAGGCGAGAGUCUCCUUGAUAAAAUUGACGCCAUUGCUCGAAGCGUUGAGCAGACUGUCCCCGAAGCUGCCAUGGUGGCUCAACUAAACUCCCGGAUGCCGGAAAUCCUGGCCGGGACUGUCGGUGCACUAGACGUAAUGGUUGAAGACAAUCUUAUGUCGCGAAUCUACGAAGAGGGCUUUGGGCAAACAGGUGCCUAUGCCAAAUUGAGCGAUGUCAUCGACCUCGUGGCACAUAAAGACCCCCGACUGCGUAUCCUCGAACUGGGAGCAGGUACUGGCGGUGCUACAAAGCCCAUGUUGAAAGCCCUGCAUGGAGACACCCCUCUCCCCAAAUAUGAGAAGUAUGAUUUUACCGACGUGUCCAAGGCUUUCUUGGGUGUUGCCCAGGAUAAGUUCCAGGGAUAUCGCAAUUUAGACUUUGGUAUCCUCGACAUUGAGAAGGAUCCUGUCGCUCAGGGUUUCCCGGAACAGUCGUAUGAUAUUGUCUUUGCAUCAAAUGUUAUCCAUGCGACGCGCAAUGUCGCCUCCUCUCUUCGCAAUUGCAAGAGGCUUCUCAAACCUGACGGCAAGCUCUUGAUCAUCGAGACUACGAAGCAACGACAGGUGACCGGAUUUAUGCUCGGAGCCCUCCCCGGAUACUGGCUCGGUGCGGAUGACGGGAGACCAUCUAGCCCGUUCCUGUCGAAGACGCUAUGGCACCAGAGAUUGCUCGAUGCAGGACUCUCGGGGGCCGACAUCGUGCUGGAUGAUUACCCGGAGCCAGCCGAUUGUACUACUCUUAUUAUGUCGCGCAACUCCAGCGAGGCCGCCAAUCACGCCAGUAUGAAUGGCGCCAAUCAUACCAAUGGUGCCAACAGCAUCAACAAUAUAAGCGAAAUCAACGGUGUCACUGGUGUUAACCAAUUGAAUGGAGCAAAAUCUCUGAAGCCAUCAACGGUCACUUUGAUAUACCGCCGGGAGCCGCAACCCCUCCAGCGGGCUCUCGAGGCGAAAUAUGCACAGCUAGGCAUCUCAACUCGGUCGAUGGCACUGGAAGACAUUCCGAAUUCCCUUGAACGAGACUCUCGCACGAUCAUGCUGGCCGAACUGGAGGACCCACUGAUGGCGCGGAUGACUCCAGCCGAGAUGCACGCCGUCCAACGCUACACUCAACAGGCUGCCACCGCCAUCUGGGUCACCAACGGGAAUGUUCUCCGAGGCCAGGAUCCUGAAAAAUCACUGGUCUUUGGCCUAGCCAAGUCUAUUAUGACUGAACAGCCUUCUUUCCAUCUCUGCAGCGUGGACGUUGACAUCGGUGAUGGGAAGGCUGACUGCGGCAACAGUACCACGCUCCUUGUGGAGACAGAGAUGGCCUUCCACCACGACCCCAAUGGCGAGCUAGAUACGGAGCUGGUCGAGAAAGAUGGCCUGGUCUAUAUUAGUCGGUAUGUGACUGACGAUACUGAGAAUGCUAACUUUGAGCGGUACUUCGCCAUCAAGCCGACUGUGAUGGCCCUUGCCCGAGGCGAGAGCUCCUACUACUCGCUUCAAUUUGAAAAUGUCGGUCGUGUAGACAGCUUCUAUUUCAAGGAGCAGAGUCUGAAGCCACUGGGUGAGAAUGAGGUCCUCCUAGACGUGGAUGCUGCUCCGUUGGAUAGUCUGUCAAUUGCCGCUCUCAAAGGACAGAUAGCUUCCCCUUGCUUUGGUCUGGAAAUUGUGGGUACCGUUCGUGCUGUCGGUUCCAAGACAUCUAAGUUGAAGGAAGGAAACCGGAUACACCCCGUUGUCACAUCUCUACACGUCGUUGAGCUGCUGUUGGGGUUACAUGCUGGGGACCAAAUUUUGGUCGACUGUCGUCAAGCGCAUCUCGCUUGUAUUAUCUCUCAAGUGGCUCUCUUAGAGGGUUCCAGAGUCUACGUUACUUUUGACUCCGAGGCUGGACGAGAUAUUCUCCAGCAACUUGGUAACGACUCGCAUCUAGUAGACCGUCAGGCCAAUUUCAAACAAGCCUUGCUGGGCACUUCGUUUGACGCCAUCGUGACAGACUCGACGGAUAGCUAUCAACUGUUUGACAAUAUUAUUAACUCUGGCGGUCGGAUUGUCGCUCUGGCAAAUACUGCUCCCGUUGAGAUGGUCAAUGCUGCAGUAUCAUUCCUCAACAAGAGCGUCACCAUCGGAAUGUUUGAUCCUUUCAAUGGAUUUGCAACAGCUCCAGUCCAGCACUCCAGCCUCCUCGCAAAGGCAUUAAAGCUUCUCCGUCGCAAUGUUAUCCGGCCAAUUCCAUCUACGCAGUAUGAUCUGUCAUAUUUGCCAGAGGCUGUCGGCCAUAUUUCGCAGGAUGACUACGUCGGACGGGUGGUCCUAACACGGACACCAAACACUGCUGUCCCCAUCCAUACUGUUGCAGAGCCGUUGAUGUUCAAUUCCGAGGCGUCGUAUCUCCUGAUAGGCUGCCUAGGAGGGCUGGGAAGAAGCUUAACGACAUGGAUGGUCUCUCGUGGGGCCCGUCAUUUUAUCUUCCUCUCCCGCAGUGGUGCAGACAAACCUGAAGCAGCUGCUUUAGUGAAGGAGUUGCACGAACUCACUCGGGCCCAAUAUCUAGACUUGACCGUGCAGGUGGUUCGUGGUGAUGUCUCUAUUCGAGACGAUGUGAGCCGGGCCAUUUCCUGUGCCACCAAGCCUAUUAAGGGAGUGGUUCAAGCUGCCAUGGUACUCAAGGACACCCUUUUUACAGAAAUGUCGCUGGCUCAGUUCAACCAGGUCUUACAUCCCAAGAUGCUGGGUACCAUACACUUGCACGAGUUACUUCAAGGACACGAUCUCGACUUCUUUGUUAUGACGAGUUCCGUUCUUGGUGCCAUUGGUGCUGCCAUGCAAAGCAAUUAUUCGGCCGCCAAUGCGUACCUUGACCACAUGGCUCGUCAUCGCCAAAGCCUGGGCCUACAGGCUACAUCCAUUGCGCUGGGAAUGAUUCUCAACGUCGGCCAUGUGGAAGAGCAUCCCGAAGUAGAGAAGGCACUCAAACGCAAUGGGAUGUACGGGAUCAGUGUCGACGAGUAUCUGCUCAUGAUGGAAUUUGCCUGUCGCCGUCGGGACUUGAGCAGCACCACGAACUCUCACGAUCCGUACAAGUAUGAUCCUUGCGCCACUGCUCACAUCGUUACCGGCAUGGACCCUACCCGUGUCUCUCGCGCUGGUGGGAAGUCUCUCUGGCUGAAAGAUAACCGGCUGCGCAAUCUCGUCGCUGCGCUCGGUGGCGGGAAUAAUGGUGAUGGAUUCAACGCCGAGCAGUCGGCUGGGCCCAGCACUCACGAGCUCCUUGAAGCAGCGCGGGCCGAAGGGGGGGUUGCGGCCGUCAAGGUCACGACCCUGGGGUUAAUCCUAGCAAGAUUCUCCAAAUUAGUGUUGCUGCCGGUGCACAAGAUCGACCCGGGCAAAGCUCUGGCCCAUUACGGGAUGGACAGCAUGAUCUCAGCCGAGCUGAAGAGCUGGGCAUGGAAGGAGUUUACGGUUGAUCUGCCAUUUUUAGGUCUGUUGGACCAGAGUCUGACAUUUGAUGACUUGGCUGAGAAAGUAGUUGCGUUGGCUGAGACCAAGUCUACGUGA